CGGGGGGCGGGCCCGCGGCUAUAAGGGGUGGAGGCUCGGUGGCUUUGCUCGGCGCUCUGCGGGUGACCGCGCUUUUGUCUCCAGUGAGUUUUGUGGCGGGAAGCUUCUGCGCUGCUGCUUAGUAACCGACUUUCCUCCCGACUCUUGCACGACCUGCUGCUACAGCCGGCGACCCACUCCCUGUUCUUCCUCCGGAGGGUUCAGAGGCCUUUCAGAAGGAGAAGGCAGCUGUGCUUCUCUGCAGAAGAGUAGGGUCCUUUCAGCCAUGAAGCAUAUGUUGAACCUCUACCUCUUAGGUGUGGUGCUGACGCUACUCUCCAUCUUCGUUAGAGUGAUGGAGUCCCUAGAGGGCUUACUAGAGAACCCAUCGCCUGGGACCUCGUGGACCACCAGAAGCCAACUAGCCAAUACAGAACCCACCAAGGGCCUUCCAGACCAUCCAUCCAGAAGCAUGUGAUAAGACCUCCUUCUGUGCUGGCCAUAUUUUGGAACACUGACCUACACAUGUCCAGAAGGGAAUCCCCUUCCUAGCAGGCAGGCUGAGCACCAGUAUAACCAGAGAACUAACUAUUACUAGGCCUUGAAGGACCUGCCUAACUGGAUGCUCAUUGCCUGGACAAGGCCUGUUUAGGCCGGUCACUCAUGCCUGUAAUCCUAGCACUUUGGGAGGCUGAGGUGGGUGGAUCACCUGAGGUCAGGAGUUCGAGACCAGCCUCGCCAACAUGGCGAAACCCCGUCUCUACUAGCUGGGUGUGGUGGCAGAGGCCUGUAAUCCCAACUAUUUGGGAGGCUGAGGCAGGAGAAUUUCUUGAACCCAGGGGCAGAGGUUACAGUGAGUUGAGAUCGUACUGCUGUACCCAGCCUGGGCCACAGAGCAAAAGACUCCAUCUCAAAAAAAAAAAAAGAAAAGAAAAGGCCUGUUUAAUGCACUGGUGGGAAUGGAUUGCUUAUGGCCGUGAGAUAGGUUGAUCUCGCCCUUACCUCGCAGAAGCUUACCCCAGGGUCUGGUGUAUGCUGUGCUUUUCUCAGCAGUAUGGCUCUGACAUCUCUUAGAUGUCCCAACUUCAACUUUUGGGAGAUGGUGAUGUUUUCAACCCUGCUUCCUAAACAUCUGCCAGGGAUUCCUUUAGUCUUGAAUGUCUUACGCUCAAUUAUUUGGUGUUCAGCCUCUCUUCCACAAGAGCUCCUCCAUGUUUGGAUAGCAGUUGAAGAGGUGUGUGGGUGGGGUCUUGGGAGGGAGAGGAUGGAGUGUUCAGUGCCCAUUUCUCAUUGUUUUACAUUUUAAAGUCCUUCCUCCAACAUAGUGUGUAUUGGUCUGAAGGGGGAGGUGGGAUACCAAAGCCUACUCAAGUUAUGGACAUUGUGGCCACCAUGUGGCUUAAAUGAUUUUUUCUAAUUAAUAAAGUGGAAUAUGUAUUUCUA